AUGGGAGGCGAUGCGGUGAAGUCUGAAUCGCCUAGAAGAGUAUGGGUACCAGAAACGAAGAUCGAGUCGAAAAUGCUUGAUGCCAUGAAGCAGAGAGAAGCUGCAGGAUGUUCCUUGAGAUCAUUCAACAGCAUACUCUUGAAGUUCCCCAAGAUUGACAAUAGCUUAAAGAAAUGCAAAGCCAUUUUUGAGCAAUUCGAUUUGGACUGCAAUGGCACCAUUGAUCAUGAAGAGCUGAGAAAGUGCUUCAAUAAGCUGGAAAUCUAUUUCACUGAAGAGGAGAUCAAUGAUCUCUUUGCGGCGUGCGAUAUUAAUGACGACUAUGGAAUGAACUUCCAUGAGUUCAUAGUACUUCUCUGCCUGGUGUAUCUUCUCAAGGCUGCUGCUGUUGCUGCUGAUCCUAACAAACCGAAGAUGGGGAUGCCAAACUUGGAGGCUUCCUUCGAAACACUGGUCGAUGCAUUUGUGUUCUUUGACAAGAACAUGGAUGGCUACGUGAGCAAGAAUGAGCUGAUACAAGCCAUACAAGACUCAGGGGAACGUGCUGCUGGACGAAUAGCCUUGAGGAGAUUCGAGGAGAUGGACUGGGAUAAAAAUGGGAUGGUGAACAUCAAGGAGUUUCUGUUUGCUUUUACUAAGUGGGUUGGCAUUGAGGAUGAUGACGACGACGAAGAAGGUGAUGAGAAUGCCAAGGAUGUUUCCAGUCUCCCGACUCACCUUUUCUUCUCCGACAGUCCCCCGAGACUCUGGCUUCGUUUCCGCCGCCUCUGCCCGGCGAUUACGUGCUGUUUUGCGGUUCACUCUUCGACGGUGAAACAAAUAGAGAAGUCUGAGGAGGCUCGAGUACCUGCAGUUUUUGAUUCGAUAACAUUGUUCGCCAUGAUCUUUCGCUCGGGUACUUAUCGAGCAGCUCGGAGGACAGCCGCUGAAGCCUUGGCCAGUGGUAGACCGACGGGCUGUCAAUAUGCCCACCAAGUGUUUGAUUUUUCGUUCUCCUCGUUGUCUUCAAGUGAUCACUCUCCUCGUUCUAGCUCUAACGUCAAUUUCCGUUCUCGUCCUUUUGAAAGACGUGAUUUUGAUGAUAAUGGUAAUGAUCAUUCCAAGAGGUUGAGGCAAAUGGGUGUUUCGGAUGUUGAGGUUAGGGCUCAUGAGGUUCUUGAAUCGGAUUGCUCCGAUGAGUUUGAGGAAUCAGAUGUAGACGGAGGAGAUGAUGAUGAGAAAAGCUUUAAGGUGUUAGAUUCCUUCAACAGGGAUCGUGAGCAAAAGCAAGAGACAAUGAGAAUUGAGCUAGGGGAACAUGAACUUCGGCAUCCUUUGGUGAGGGAAGUCUGCAGGUUGAUUGAUCGUAGGUCAGCUUGGAAUCCUAAGAUGGAAGCGGAACUGAAGAACUUGCUCAGAAGCCUCAAGCCUCGAUUAGUUUGUGCUGUUCUGCGAUCUCAAGCAGAUGAGAGAGUAGCUUUGAGUUUCUUCUAUUGGGCUGACCGCCAGUGGCGGUACAGGCACCACCCUAUAGUUUAUUAUGUGUUGCUUGAGAUGCUCAGUAAAACCAAAUUAUGUCAAGGUGCUAGGAGAAUAAUUGUGCUCAUGGCUCGCCGGGGUGUUGAACGACGGCCUGAAAUAUUUAGCUAUUUAAUGAUUUCAUAUAGUCGAGCUGGUAGGUUGAGGAAUGCAAUGCAGGUGUUGACAAGGAUGCAGAAAGCUGGCAUUGAACCUAACCUGCUCAUAUGUAACACCACUAUCCUUGUUUUGGUGUUGGCGAAUAGGAUGGACAAAGCAUUGAGGUUUAUGGAAAGGAUGCAACUUGUUGGUAUCACUCCAAACGUUGUAACGUAUAACGCUUUGAUCAAAGGUUACUGUGAUGUUCACCGAGUGGAAGAUGCUAUGGAGCUUAUAGCUGAAAUGCCAUUCAAAGGGUGUCCUCCAGACAAAGUGAGUUACUAUACUGUCAUGACUUUUCUUUGCAAAGAGAAGAGGAUCGAACAGGUGAGGAGCUUAAUGGAGACUAUGGUUAAGAGUAGCAAGUUGUUGCCAGAUCAGGUUACUUACAACAUUCUGAUUCAUGUUCUUUCCAAGCACCAACAUUCAGAUGAAGCACUUGUAUUUUUGAGGGAAGCAGAGGAAAGAGGGUUUCCGGUUGAUAAGGUUGAGUAUAGUGCAGUAGUUGACUCAUAUUGUAAGCAAGGUAAGAUGGACCGGGCAAAAGAAAUUGUGAAUGAAAUGUUGUCCAAAGGUUGUGCUCCUGAUGUAGUGACCUACACUGCUGUAGUUAAUGGACUUUGUCAAGUUGGGGAGGUCGAACAAGCUACAAGGAUGCUUCAGCAAAUGUACAAACAUGGCUGCAAGCCUAAUACUGUGUCAUAUACAGCUCUCUUGAAUGGGCUUUGUCGAAAUGGAAACUCAUCCAAGGCUAGGGAAAUGAUGAAUAUGAGUGAGGAAGAAUGGUGGACGCCGAACGUCAUCACGUAUAGUGUCGUCAUGCAUGGGUUAAGGAGGGAGGAAAAACUGUCUGAAGCUUGUGAUGUGGUGAGAGAGAUGGUUGGCAAAGGGUUUUUCCCUACUCCUGUUGAAAUUAAUCAACUACUCCAGGCACUUUGCAGUGGAGGUAAGGCGGAUGUUGCUAAGAAGUUCAUGGAGGAGUGUCUACAUAAUGGUUGUGCUGUGAAUUCAGUGAACUUCACUACUGUUAUUCAUGGGUUCUGUCAGAAUGAUAACUUAGAAGCAGCUUUGUCUUUGCUGGAUGAUAUGUACCUGAGCAACAAGCAUCCUGAUGCAGUCACCUAUACUGCUGUAAUUGAUGCACUGUGUAAAAAGGGUAGAAUGGAUGAAGCUACCGAGAUUGCUACAAAGAUGCUUAAGCAAGGUGUAGAUCCUACACCCGUGACAUUUAGAACGGUGAUCCAUGGGUAUUGCCAAAUGGGUAGAGUGGAAGAUCUGUUGAAAUUGUUGGAUAAAAUGCUUUCACGACAGAAGAUCAGAACAGUGUAUAAUCAAGUAAUUGAGAAGCUAUGUAGGUUCGGAAACCCAGAAGCAGCUGACAACCUCUUGGGUAAUGUAUUGAGAACAGCCUCCAGAAUUGAUGCUAAUACAUGCCAUGUGCUAAUGGAGAGUCAUUUGAGUAAAGGAGUGCCUUUGUCUGCUUAUAAUGUUGCUUGUCGUAUGUUUAACCGCAAUUUGAUCCCUGACAUAAAGUUGUGUGAGAAGGUGAGCAAGAAACUGAAGGCAGAAGGAAAGUCAAAGGAGGCAGAUAGUCUUCUAUUGCGUUUUGUUGAGCGUGGGAGUGUUUCACCUCAACAUUUCCUGACGUUGAAAACCUAG